AUGUUUGCGUCGACGCACACGUUGUUCGCGUCCCGAGCGCGCCCGAGCGCGUCCACCAGAGCGUCUUCGCGCGCUCGGUCGAUCUCGUGCGCUGCGUCUCCAGCACGUCCCGACGCAUCGGGUCUGCGUCCGUUGGACGCUCGUACGUCGCAACACAUCGCGUGUGUCGCAGCGCAACCUUCGAAGACGGCCGCGCCCGAGUUAAACAAGUUCCAGGAGUUCGGCAGACAGUACUGGCCCGCAUUCGCGGUGCUCGAGGGCGUGGCGCUCGUCGGCGCCACGGUGAACGGGAUCUUGUCCCGAAAGCGGCGACUGGAGAUCGAGCGGUUGAACGCGCAGAUGCGAGGGAUCAUGGCAAAGCUGGAUGAGCGGGAUACGACGCUGGUGAGCGAAGAUGGGAGCACGGAGGCGAGCGAGGCGCUCGCAGCGGCGAAGAGCGCGAUGGCGAGCGACCACAACGAGCGCGCGAGCGAACUGUUCGCCAACGCGAUCGCCAUCGCCGAGCGCGAGAAGGAUCCGGGUGCGGAAUUGAGCGCGAGAAAAGGUCUCGCGAUGUCUCUCGCCGCUCAGCGCAAGUUCGCCGACGCUGCGACCGAGUUGGAGACCUGUUUGCGGCGCUCACAGGCGCUCGAGCAAACCGACGGCGACUCCGUCGUCUACGGCCUUCUCGGCGACGUGUACACCGACCUCGGCGAUUUCACCAAGGCUGGCGCCGCGUACGACAUGUGCAUUCGCGUCCUCGAUUAG